UUAAACACAGUACAGUUUCCUCUCUCUCACUAUACAUUUUAUUCUUUUCUUUUCUCUAUCUGUUUUUACACUGCUCCAACAUGAAUGAGUCAUGCUGUUAUUUGCAUCCCAAAGAGGUUGUGGUUGGGGUUUGUGCUUUGUGCUUGAAUGAGAGGCUCACAGUCUUAGCUUCAAAGCAAGAAAAGGCGGCGCCGGCGGCUAAGUUCUACCACACAAUCACAAACAACAACAAUAAUAAGAAGAAUCCCCACCGGAAAACAUCAUCGUCAGCAACAUAUUACGGUUUCUCGACGACCACAAAACCCCAUCAGCCUUCCAGAAUCCAUCUCCCAAAGAUAUUUACUCUCAGCUCUUUGCUCCGCCGCCGGAGAUCAGACCCUGAUUGCCAUCACGACGGCGGCGCGUCCACCAGCAGCCGUGAAGGAGCUAAAACUAACAGAUGCAUAGAUAAAAAGAUGGGAAAAGGGGCACUGAAGAAAGAUGGGAAAAGAUGCAUGCAUAAAAACUUUUUUGUAGACUCCUUUAUAUCAAUCAAGUUUGAGAAUAAUGGUGCUGCCUCGUGGGAGAAGGAGGGCACAGUCCCCAUGGUGUCCUUAAAUCAUUGUGACAUGCCUUGGAGGAGAAGCUCUAAUGCUACUGCAAUGGUUGAACAUGCAAAGCCACGUGGCUCUCUUAGGUGGCGCAAGCGGAUUGGCCACAUCUUCCACGUCAUCAAGCUGAGGAGGAGCUCCACCAAGAGUAAUGCUGUCUGCCACGUGGCUGCCAAGCUGGAAGGGGGAGUGAAGGUGGUGAGACGUAGUAGUGGACAGGGUUGGAUGAGGACUCUGACAAAGAGGAAGACCAAAGAGUGAUGAUUUAUUAUGAAUAUAUAAAAUAAUUU